UGUGGGUAUGUUGUAUUCUUUGGGUUAGCCCAAUUAUGAUAGCAAACCCAAAACUAUAGCCGUAUUUAUUAGGGUUUCAUCCAAAGUAUCGCAUAAUUCCUUGGCUCUCUUCUCUCUCUGUUACUCAAUCCCUCUAUUGGGCCUUUUCGGCUUUCUUCGCUUCUGUCAGUAACCCAUCACCGGUCCUUACUGAUCGGAAAUCGGAGGGGAGGAAUUCCAUUUCAAUCGUUGCCCGGAUAAACAAUUACUUCGCUCACAACAGGAGCAGAAUUAUGGCAAUGAAUCAUGCUAGGUUGUUUAGGAGUCGAAUAGUUGGCAAUGACGAAGUGAGUUCAGUUUUCCGGCGAACGUUUGCAGCAGGAGCCAAAAAGAAGGGAGCCAAAGGUGGUGCGGCUGGAGAUGCGCCAAAAGCAUCCAUUCUUAGUAAAGAAGUGAAAUCUUCAACUGUAGUUGGGGCAAAUAUUCUCAAAGAAGGAGCUGAUCCAAAAGUAUUGGCAGAUUCUGAAUAUCCGGAUUGGCUAUUCCAUCUGAUUGAUAAGCGCCCUGCUUUGAGUGAAUUGCGCAGGAGGAAUGUUGAAACUCUCCCUUACGAAGAUCUCAAACGUUUUGUGAAGCUGGACAACCGAGCAAGGAUCAAGGAAAACAACUCUAUUAAGGCCAAGAACUGAUUCACCUUUUUUUUAGUAAUAAUAGAACGAACUAUCAGAGCUAAAGUUAAGUAUAAAUAUCAGUACGAUAAGUCUGCUGGUAAAUUCAUUGUAUGAAUCCUAUAGUUUGGCUGUUUAGUGGGGCGUUACUAUAAAAUAACACAAUUUCUUGUGAAGUUAUUCUGGGAAUUUCUUUUCGACUUCCAAUGCCAGGAUGCUUGUUCAUAGAAUGGGCAGAAUACAUGAAGUUCCCUGUAUUGUAGCUUAAAUUUAUUACUCUAGAGAGAAACAUUUGUUUUUCUCCAUGUUGGUUUACUAGUGCAGAUUUUAACUUGCUGGACA